GGCGGCCGGACGGGUUCACUUGGUGAGGGGGGGUGUCCAGCCUGAGGCGAAGGGGCAGCUGUGUUUUGUGCUGGGAAAGAAAAAUAAAUCCUUUGCAUUAGGGUCUGGAAUAUAGUGUGAAGAACAAAAAGAAUGGAAGAUAAAAGACGAAGAGCCAGAGUACAGGGUGGCUGGGCUGGCCCACUUAAUAACAGAGCAGCCUCUUCUGCAGCUUCUGGGGUUUCCGGUGCCAGGAACCAAGUCUUUGCAAGCACUGCACAUCCCAGAAUGAGAAGAGAGGGGCAGCUUUCAUCCAAAAGACAAUUUGUUUUUAAAGCACCAGAAGAGGUGGUGCGCAAAGCCCCGGAGCCCAAAAUAAUGGAGAAACAAGGCAUGUACGAGAUCAGCACAUUGCCCUCAGGAGUGUCUCGGAUUCAUUUGAUUCCUGCCUUCCUUGACUUAAAGGAGGCAGACUGGAUGUUUGAACAGCUCCUCCAAGAGAUACCAUGGAGGCAGAGAGCACACAUCAGACAGGAUCUAUCUUAUGAUGAACCCAGACUCACAGCGUGGUAUGGUGAAAUUCCAUACACUUAUUCCAGGCUUACGAUGCACGCAAACCCUGAUUGGCACCCACUACUGACCAUGCUGAAGGAUCGCAUUGAAGAUUUCACUAAAAACACCUUCAACUCUUUGCUCUGCAACCUGUACCGGAAUGAAAAGGACAGCGUUGACUGGCACAGUGAUGAUGAGCCUGCAUUGGGAAGAAACGCUGUCAUUGCCUCGCUCAGCUUUGGUGCCACCCGGACGUUUGAGAUGAGGAAGAAGCCUUUGCCUGAAGAGAACAAUGAUUAUACUUACGUGCAAAGGGUCCAUAUACCACUAGAUCAUGGGACUUUGCUAAUGAUGGAGGGUGCUACUCAAGAAGACUGGCAGCAUCGUGUACCCAAGGAAUAUCAUUCCAGGGAACCUCGUGUAAAUCUGACGUUUAGGACAAUGUAUCCAGGCCCUGAAGCAAUGCACACAUGACUGAAAGAAGCUGUGGUGCUAUGCCCUUGCUGCCGAGCCCAGACACUAACACUGGUUUGGGUGAGACCGGCCUAGUUGGGUUUGGUGUUUUGCUGCCUGCAUUUGAGGGAAGAGAGAAGAAAAUCAGCUAUAAUGAGCGCCUGUAACUGUUGCAAGUGCUAAUGUGUAAAGCUGGGCGGUGAAACUAUUUUGUUUGUAAAUAACUAUUUUCUCUGUUAGAGCAUUAAUUUCAGUAUGAAUGUUUUGAAUCAAAGAUCUGAGGAUUUGCUAAUCUGAGAAUGCCACAUUAACUAGUUUUUCCCAGGAGAGCCGAGGGGAGGAUCUUCCUGGCAGAGAAGAGGGACUACAUUCCUCUCUCUUUUUUCUUUUUCCUUUUUUGUGCUGUGCUACAUAAUUGCAUUUGUCUUAGAUAUAUAAAUAGGAAUCUUCCUAGUUAACUGCAGAGGGAAUAAUCAGAGUACCGCUUGGAGCACUGCAACAGUGCACACAUAAGGCCCAGCUCAGCUUAGAAUUCUGAAAACCCAAAGAGCAAAUGAAAGGGGGGGGGGGAAGUGAAAUUUGGAUCAGAGAGCCACUGUAGGAAGAAGUGCCCAAGGACAAAAUAGACCAGUAACAGAUUUUGGUUUCCCCACCUUAAGAGCCCUAUGCUCUAUAUUCGCUAUCUCCACGUUAUUAAUUAGUACAUUCUUGAAAAGCUCCUGCAAUUCUGGGGAAAUUAUCGCAAAUUUAUUGUAAUGAAAGGAAAGUCCUAAAGUGAUGAGCCAUAACCCUAUGUCCUGGAUAAUGCGAAUAGGGGCCUUUCCUAUCCUUCCCAGUAGGGGUACUUGGCAGGGGGAUGAAUAUGGUGAUGCUGCCUGAGGCAGACAGUUAGUCCAUCUAACCAGGUAUUCUCACUGGCAAUGGCUUUCCAAGAUCUCAGAAAGUGGAUUCUCCCAGUCCUGCUACCGGAGGUCCUUUGGCUGAGAGGGCCAGGAAUUGAACCUGCAUUUUCCAUCAUGCCAAGCAUGUGCUCUACUAUUUUAAGGUGCCUUGCGAUUCUGCAACCUAAAAUGGACGUAGGGGGUGUUAGCACGGAGUCUUGUGGACACAACGGCCACUGUUCAACUACAGUAGCAGAACAGUGAUCUUAAUCGUCCUAAUCCUGCACCACUGAGUGCUGCAGAACUCUGGCGUAUCCCUCUGUUCCUUGUCAAGAGAGGACCAGGAAGAGAGGUGCAUGCCUGAGCAGCGAGGCAGUUCAUAUCAAGAGUGCCCCAGCCUCAGCUUGGAGAGUCCAGCAGCUCAUUCUUCCGCGAGCCCUCAUGUGUGUCUAUUCCUCAGAGGAAUGAGCUGCUGGGUAAUCCAUGGUGAGGAUAGUCAGAGCCUUUCCUUGACCUGAAUUGCAUUGGAAUGCAGCUUAGCACAACAGUGACUAAAGAAUGCUUCCCUGUGGUGGUUUAGUGGCAAAACCAAGGAUUAUGCCCUCUUCUCUGGGUGCAGGAUAAUGGCCAUAAGGGUCAAUAUGUUUUUCAAAAGGGACACACAACUGGCAGUUGGCGAGAUUUGGGCAUGUUCCAUCAAGUCCAAUCUACCUGUACAUACCAGGGUUAUGUUUCACUACCUAUGCAGGCAUCUAUUGCACCUAUCAAAUGUUUCGUUAAUUGGCUUGUGAAGCAAUUGUUAGCUGUGAUGUCCAUCAGAUGGUCCUGAUCCUGAUGGAGGGUGCGUGUGUGUGUGUGCUGUGCCAGCUAUUGGUUAAAAAAUUGACAUCGUAAGACCAUACAGAUGUCAUGUAAAGUUUGGCCCAAAGUUCAUUUCUGCAUGAUUAGCUCAUUAUAGUCUCUUGUAUAUUUACUGCAGUCCCAUCCUAUGUAAGUGCAGCAAUGCAGUAGCUGUUUCCCAUGCUGCGUUGGGAAUUUUUGGAGAUCUGGAAUCACAUAGUUGUGGGCUUUCAUUCAUACAUGUCUUUUUCCAAACAAUCAUUGACCUCUCUUACUGACAGUAAGUAGUGAUGCAGGGAGUGGGCACAGUUUUCUAUAAGUUGCAAGUAGCAAUUGGUAUGGGCUCAGUUCCCAUGCUUCCGCUUAAUGCCUGGAAUGAGCUUUGAGGUAUGUUCUGUCGCUGGACAGGUAAGAGUGAUGUGUGCAAGCAGAUGUAGUUCUCACACUAAAAUCUCUGAUAUCCAUGUACACCGCUUUACAAAUUUUUGCUUGCAGCAAUGGGAUUCAUGUUGCUGCACAGUCUCUAUCUUACCAAAAAGGUAACUGGCAUGGAACAGGGAAUCCUAGAAGGGAUGAUCAAAUUAAAAAUGAUUGCAAAACACUGCCACAUCCCCCAUGUUGUGUUCUUCCUUAGGUGAGUCUGGGACUACAGACAAGAAACCUCUUGAAUAAUUACCUAAAUUUGGGCAGAACUAGGUGACUCUAUUGCAGGACUGCAUCAAUAGGUUUGAUUAGUCAGGGAGGGGAUGUCCAACACUAGUUUAGAGGAAAUUCCCAGCAUGCAUUUAAAAUGGAAUAUAUACGAUCACUCCAUGAUUAUAGAUAAAGUUAUUCACUGAAAGCAGAGGAGAAACCCAGCGUGAACUCAGCAAAUGCAAGUCAGUUUUCAGAAAAUAUUUAUUGGCAUCUCUUCAGCCCAUCUCUGUUGCAUUGUGGAUGGAAAUUGCUCCCUGUUGUGUACAGAUUGAAGUGACUUAAUCCUCCACUAUGUGCAAGUUUUCACUUUUAGCUUUGACUAUAAAGGAUAACUGCUCAGGCCACUGAAGGCUCAACACAACUGGAUAGAAUUUAUUUCCACAUGUUGUAAAAGUAAUAAAUUACUAGCUUGA